AUGUCUCAGGGAUGGGAUGCAGACAACACUUGGAACAAUGACCCAUCAUGGCAGAAUAACUACUCGGGGGUUCAGAUCAUUCCAUCCAUGGUUCCUCAGCAGCCAACGAUAAUACAACAGAUUCCUGCAGAGGCCAUUCAUCCUCCGUCUUACCCAAUCAGGCACGGUCGCGCUAAGGAAGACUUAAUCGAGCUGAUGAUGAUUCAGAACGCACAGAUGCACCAGGUUAUCAUGAGCAAUAUGACAAUGUCAGCGAUGUCGAGUUUUGGAUACGGACCAACCCAACCUUCACCCGCGCCCCAGCAGCCCAGUAUCAUCCCAAUAGCUCUGGAGGAAGAGGAGCCUGUAGUGUAUCAUCAUCAUUAUGACACGUAUCCCACAAACUACCCAUCGUACCCCGUGUAUCCAGCCUGGCGACCACAGGGACCCAUCCAGGCCCGGGAGCCAACAGUGAGACACAUCGAGAUGCCGCCCAGCUCACCAUUACAUGCUGGAGACCAACGGGCUGUGCCACCGCCUCCUCCUUUGAGUGCCACUGGCACAGUGGGUGCUGAUGUGCCUCCAGCUUCAGAAUACUACGACCUGGCAGAUGCGAGAUUGUAAAGGAGAAAAGGACCAAUUUAAAGACAUUUUAAGGAGAAAACCUUAUGUGUAGAACUUUGAGGGGAGUCUCAGAUGGAGCUGGAGAUUUCACUCAAAACAACGGGUGUCUCAGGAAUAUUUUUCCCUGUUACAUGUAUCUUUUUGUAAUGAGUAGAAGUGUCACAAAUGGUGCAAUGUACCUACUAUACUCAUGUGCCGAUCUCCAUAAAGCUGCCUAGAUAUAUUCAGUGUCUACAUAGAAGUAUACUUGUUGACAGAGCUGUGUAAGAUUAUUUGAAGUGGAUAAAAUAUAACCAUAGGGCUUCCAGAAUUACAAGAAA